GAUAGGCAGGAUUCACCAGUCGCGGAAUAAACAUUAAUUAGCGUCCAUCGAACAGAGUACAUUAACGUUUAAAAGUGAUUAAGAAUUAAAAUGCGAUACAUGAUUCGGGUUUGUGUUUAUUUUGUCGGUAGGAUUAAAAAAGUUUUUCUUACGCAAUGGAACAUCGCGUGAGCAAUCUCUCUACAUCGUAACACUUGUCGAUCUGCUCUUUUCUCGCCAUACAACGUCUCAGUUACACUUACUGCACCGCCAUCUCGCUCGUUCUUAAGCGCAAGUUUGUGUGGGUUUAGAUGAGUGUGAAAGAGAUGUAAAUAGUGCAUGUAGAGUACUAGAACCAAGGGGACUAGAACCAAGACACAAAGAGCUACGUGCCUUCAACAGCUAUAUUAUUACAUUCUUUGGUACGACUUGGCAUGGUGAGGAUUACGACUGAAUUUAAGGUUAAGAUUCUACGCGCAGUCUUGGUUGCAGAGAAAAGACGUCGUUAAAAAAUAGGCAAACUUUAAUAUAUGGUUUCUCGACAUAUUAGCAUGUGAAGAGUUUUUCACACUGUCAUAUAUUACGUCUCAAUAACAUUAGGUCAAGGCUUAGAUAAACAAAUCAUCAAAUAUGGCUACAGACAAGGAUAAACGUGGAGAGAUAUACAAACUCCUUCUAUCAUUGUUGCUCGCCCGGCAAGGUUCUACACCGAUUGCUCUUCUCGAUCAAGAUUAUUAUGAAAUGGAAGGACAGCGUAUACCGUGGCGAAAAUUUGGUCAUACCGAUUUAGUUGAUUUUUUGAGAAGUGCUCCGCAACAUUUUUUGAUCGAGUCGUACAAUGGUGGUCAUUACGUACGUGGAAUCGCGUCGGAUAAAUCUAAGCACGUGAGUUCGCUAGUGGCUCGUCAGAAAUCGAAGACUCUGCCGUUUCGCACGCAACGAACUCGAAGACCUAUCAUGACGCGUUAUAUACCGCCACAUCGUCCACGUGGCAAGGUCCCCCCGACUUAUCUACAUCAACUCGUGCAGCAUAUCAAGAAUAAUCCGGACGGAGUAAGCAUGCAUCAUAUCAAAGAAGAGGUACAGAAGGACCUGCCAUCCAUGACAAUAACCGCCCAAGACCUGCGUGUGCAAUUAUACGAGCUGUCGCAUCAAUUACGCAUAGAUGGCGAAAUAAUCUAUCCGGUGCAAGCCAACGAUACUUCACAAGAUGUUAGAAGCUAUAAUCAACCACCGCUGAUGCCGGAGUUGCAAAACGCAUCAUCUUUGGUCAAGAUGUGCGCCGGUGGAGAUGAAGAGUCGGACUGUGCGGAAGAUUUUGCCGAUGAGGAAAAUUUUAUACCAGCCGGUUGUAUAAGCAAUAAUUACUCGAAGCCGUCGAGGGUGCACGAGCGGCUCGCGGCGAACUUUGCGCUGGAUGCGCAAUCCAGUGAACAAAACGCGAAGUUCUAUUAUGAUAAUAAUGACGAUAUUAAUGCGUGCUUCCCCGUGAAAAAUGACAGUAUUAACAUGGAAACGAUGACUGACAGUGAAAGCGUAGGAAUAUCUGCGCUAAUAAGCCAAAGAACAAGAUCGCGAUUGAAACAGCUCGUAGAAAAACAUCCACAGGGCAUUUGGUGCGCCGAUUUGCCAGACAUGUUUCUAAAGGAGUACAAUGUGAGUUUGAAUUACAUUGAUCUGGGAUUCACCAGCGUGCGCGAAUACGCUUCUUACCUGCCGGAUAUUUUUCACAUGACGCAGGAGAAUACGAAAGACGACUUUUUAUUGUAUAACGCUGAUAAAAAACCAAUGAUACCUGAAGAAACAUUCCAACCGAACUUUGCUGAAGGAGAAGCGAGCUCGCGUGAGCAACACGACGAUUAUUAUGGAGUGCGUGCACAACUUGAUGAUAAUGAUGAUUUACCAAUCCCAGCGGAUGUUUCUCCUGACAUAACAAAGAGAUUUGCGCCUGAUAAUGUCAUGAAUUACAAUGACAGCGUGGAUUGCAUACUUGUGACUAAUCUAUUAGCUAAAAAGAAAUUGUUGAAGGCGUAUGUCAUUGAAGUGUUUAAUCCAUCCUUCUUCUGGAUACAACUUUGGGAAAAUAAAAAAGUUUUUGAAAAUUUUAUGAGAGAAUUAAAUGACUUCUACAAGUAUAACAGCGAUGUGUACUCUAUUCCAAAGGUUGCGCUGAAAAGGGGCCUAAACUGUGCCUGCGUAUACGCGAAUAUGUGGCACAGAUGUAUCAUCAAGUCUGUAAAGCCAGAUUACAGAGUGACAGUGCUGUUUUAUGAUUUUGGCACACUGAAGACAUAUGCGCCCGAAGACGUGUAUUAUUUACACAAAAGGUUCUCUCUUCUACCCGCACAAGCGAUACCCUGCGGCUUAUAUAACAUUAGACCAAUUGUUGGCGAUCGUUGGAGGAAGAGUGUGAACAAUCAAUUUAUUGACAGAAUCGAUGGACAUAAUGGUCUUUUAGGUGUUAGCAUUAAAUCCAUUGACGCAUUGAACAAUUCCAUGCUGGUCGUUCUGACCGACAUAAACGAAGACGGAGAGACAGACAUAAACGAGUGGUUAGUGAAAGAGAAUCUAGCGAAACAUGGUAAAAUGGGCGACGCCGUCGACAUGGCAAGUUUAAUGAAAUAUGUAAACAACAAUUUCAAUCAAUUGCCGUCGUAUUGCUUCGCUGAGGAGAACCCCGACCGCUGCCAGGCAACGUCUACCGAGGAGAUGCACGCGGUACCUUUAAUCUCGCCCAAAGAGACUCUUCGCGACAAUAACACGCAAACGCCGCUAGUGAGGUGUUCGGUAAGGCCGCCACCGGGUUUCGCACCUCUCGGUGAGCAAUCCGAUCUGGUUGAAAAGUCAACAAACUUCUGCAAUGGUCCCUCGGAAAACACGCUGGCUUUCGGCAAUACGGAAGCGACGACGAAUCCUUUCUUGUACGAUCAGCAACCCGACAUAAUUUCCAACGAGGUCGCAAAGUCAUUGUUCGCACAGAUAUGGGAGGAAAAUUUACAUCUACAAUUGAAGUUAACUAAAAUGUUCGGUGAAAUGCUUGAAUACACUCCUCUCAGCAGGAUCGUAUUCGACAAUCACAUGAAGGUUCAGCGUCAGUUGAAUAAAAUUAUGAAGAGUUUCGAGAAAGCGAUGACAUUGAAUAAUGAACAGUUUCUCAAGUCGCCGUUCAAUCCCACGAAGGAAACAACACCGAACGACGUCGGUUCAGCGCAGAGGGCACCGAUUAGCUCGACUAGUGAGGUCUUUAAGAAUCAGAGUGUCGCAAGCUACGCGAAUACUUUAUCAAAUUUGUUUAACGUCGAUGCUCAAACGCGCUGGAGUCAGUCUGAUCAAAUCAGUCUACAUGUUCAAGUGCCACCGACCACAGCAGUCUCGACCACAACAUCUUCGACGUUUAACAACUACCAAUUAUCGGCCGAUUCUUUAUUUUCGAGUCAGGAGAGCGAUAAUGUUUCCCCCACACAGUUGACAAACUCCAGUCUCUCCAAUAGCGAUCGUGCUUCCUUAGACUUUCUUGGUUAUAAGAACACCGAGUACGCCGGUGUGAUCAAAGAGACGAAUCCCUUCAAACUUUAUAUGACUGGUAAUACGGAGAUGCCGACAACACCGGAGAGUCAACAAACAGCGACUAGCUACGAUUCAGACUCCGGCUAUCUCUCUGUUCAGAAUUUGCAGAAUCACAUUUCAAAUAUUGCAACUUCGAACGUUGGUGCAAACUUUCGCGCGAUGAACAAUGAUUUUGCAUCGGCGGGACACGUUAAUGUCAACGGCAAGGAGAAUUACUCAUCGAGAAUCGUUUACGAAGCUGGCCCAGUUAUGUAUAACACGCAGAAGCAGCAAGCGAACACAGAUGCGUGGCAAAGUACCUGCAACAAUAAUCUUAACGUUCCUCAGAAUGUGUCUGCGAAUUUAGGGCGAGAUGGCACGGAGCUGCUUCCGUCCUCCGUAAAUAGUGUCGCUGCUUUGCACUUGAAGCAAAAUGAUAUUUUACGCAACGACGAGAGUUAUGCCACUCGACCACCGAUCGAUUGUAUGCCGCAAGACUCAUCGUCGAUAAUAAACGAAGAACUGAACUAUUAUCAGCAAGGUCAGGCGAAUAUACCGCGGCCCGUCUCGGCGCGUGCGUGGAGACAAGUCGAGAUUCCGGAACACUGGAUCAGCUCCAAGUUCCAGAAUAAAGUCCGUUUACAGGAUUGCAAGGAGAACUGUACGGCUGGCACGCAAUUGACGCCGGUCAAUUCCUCUCUAAUGCCUUUCCAAGACUGGAAUUAUAACAUCAGACAAUCAGCAUUUCCAAACAUGAAAGGAACGAUCGAUCCUCACGCUUUUAACAACAAUAACAAAGAGAAAUUGAUGGAUGCAAACGUGUAUCCUUGGAAUAUUCUUUACAAUCCAAUUUCUAACAUUGGCAGUAUUUUUUUAUUUCAGAAAAUCGAGUCAAUUGAAAGCAUAUCAUUUAUAUUUCACGUCGACCGAGAAGGUUGGAUGUUGGUAAACGAAUUUAUGGAAACUUUCACGAAAUUCAAAUCGUGCACUAAGUUUAUCGCAGCGUUAGAAGCGAUAAAUAUAAAAAUUGCAUUCAAAGAAAUUGAGAGAACCAAGUAUCCAGUCCAAUUCUCACAGCUUGAUAGUUUUCCUUUAAAUGGAGUUUCAAGGGAUUCCGAAAAGCGCAUUAGCGUGAUUACUUUGAUUUCGUUGCACAAUGUAUUGUCAGUACUACUUAAGUUAAAGAUAAUCUCGCGCGAAGAAGUUGAUGUUGUACUUAAUAGAAAUGAAUUUCACGAUGAUUCCAUUCUUCGCAAAAUAUGGACGCUACUGUUCACUUAUCGUGAGUUCAAACGACGCAUUGAACAAUAUGUAAAUUGCAGAAUACAUAUAUGAAGUAUGAAAUUAAUAUCUAAUGGUUUGACGAGUCUUGAUGAGUCUUGACGAGUAUAUACAAUAAUGUGCAAGUUUUAUUUUUGCUUUUUAUUUUAUAUUUUGAGAUUUUGUGUGUAAGGGAAGAAGCAAUGACAUUUCUGUUACUUUUCGGAAAUUCCAGUAAAAAUGUAUUCAGUUCGCGUAAUCUAUUUUUUUCUCUUAUUUUUCAUUUUUCUAAGCAUUAAAAAUUAAUUUUGCAUUUGCAAUUAAACAGCAAUGACAUUGUGUGCAACGAAUGGAUAAAAAAUUAAAUAAAUUGAAUAUACAUGU